AUGGAGGCGAUUCAGACCCAUCCCACGAGUGCCGCGCAAGCCAAGGCUUUCACUGCGCCUGGCUCGCUGUCUUUCCCUGGCGGCGCUCACGAGCUCCCUCCCCCGGCGAACGGCGCUCAAGCUCCCGUCAACGGCCAGGCCCCCGCCGUCAACGGGCAACAAGGCGCAAACGGUACCGGGGUGACUCCCGCGACCCCUGCUGCGACUCCUGCUGCCACCCAGGGUGGAAGUGGCUUGACUCCCACGCUGCAGAACAUCGUUGCCACGGUCAACCUCGAUUGCCGCUUGGACCUGAAGACGAUUGCCCUGCACGCGAGAAAUGCCGAGUACAACCCCAAGCGUUUCGCCGCCGUCAUCAUGCGUAUCCGCGAGCCUAAGACCACAGCCCUCAUCUUCGCCUCUGGUAAGAUGGUUGUAACUGGUGCGAAGUCUGAGGACGACUCGAAGCUUGCCUCCCGCAAGUACGCUCGUAUCAUUCAGAAGCUUGGCUUCAAUGCCAAGUUCACCGACUUCAAGAUUCAGAACAUUGUCGGGUCUUGCGACAUCAAGUUCCCCAUCCGUCUCGAAGGUCUCGCCUCUCGCCAUCACAACUUCAGUUCUUACGAACCCGAGCUGUUCCCUGGUCUCAUCUACCGCAUGAUUAAGCCGAAGAUUGUGCUCCUCAUCUUCGUCUCUGGGAAGAUUGUCCUCACUGGUGCCAAGGUCCGUGAGGAGAUCUACCAGGCCUUCGAGAUGAUCUAUCCUGUGCUUCAGGGUCAGUAUUGCUGCUUCACUUCGUCUCGUACAGCUGCUAACUCGUUCCAGAUUUCCGCAAAGUCUAAGGAAACCGAAGCAAAGGAUGAGUCAUCAACUCUGUUGAUGUAUCAUCACCCCAAAACAUUGCCGACUUGUACGAUUAGACACCACCCUUUCUUCACGAUACCACGACUGCUUUUUCACGCACACCAUAAAAAAAAGCGAGCGUUCGUCAGCUGGCAUCUUGGCCAUGCCUAA